AUGAGCGCCAUCGAAUUAGAACCUCGGCAGGAGCUCUUCGCAGCCUCGGCCGACGUCGAGGCCUGCCUCUACCAGUGCGGCGGCAUCGGCCAGUUGAGCAAGCACUUCUGCUUGCCGUCGGUGUCCGAGGAAGCGGCGAUCGAGCUUGGUCUGUCCCUGGACAUCAACGGCCAGGGCAUUGCUGGAUGCGGGCACGUCUACUUGGUGGUGCCCCCGAUGGGCUGGGGCUGGAGCUUCUGGCUGGCGCAGCGCGUCCACCUGGAGAUGCUGCGUCGGGCGGCGGUGCCAGACGACAAUGUUGCCCUCGGGGCCUUGCCGCUGCCGUCCUUGGACCCCAGCCCAGUGGAGUUGCCCUGCUCGGACAACAUCAACGCGUUGGGGGUGAAGGCGAGCAUGGUGACCGAGCUGCGUGAUCGCAUCGCGGCCCGCUUCGCCUACAAGGGCUUCAGCAUGCACGAGGUCUCGGGCACUCGCCCGCAGUCGACUAUCCUGGGAGCUGAUUUUGGCGGACACCCGCCUGUCACGCGGCGCUCGGGCCAGAAGCUGUGGAUCCUUCGAGGUGCUCUUCAGUGGCUGGCUAGCGGCCCCAUCGUUACGGGCCGACAAGUCGAGGUCGCGGCUGGGCAUUGUGUGGCAGCUGCCCUUGUCAACCGAGCGGGGACGUCAGUUCCUCGCGCCCUCUAUGAUUUUGUCAGAGAUCGCUACAUGAGGGGUCGUUCUCCAUCGCAUUGCAUGCUUCAGUUGAACCGCCGCCUUGCGGCUCUGACUUUGGCCACCAACAUCGGCCCGCGCUUCCGCUGGAUCCCGUCGGAAUGGCAGCCAGCCGACGAGGCCUCGCGAAUGUUUGAGAUGGUCUCUCGCUGGUUCAUGCUGCGCCCGCUGAGCGCGGCUGGAGUCGCCACCUCGCAGAGGCGAGCGCCGCUCGACCCCGCCACUCCGCGCGGGGCGGCCCGCCUGCCAAGAGCGUCGGCGACGAGGGGCCUGGAGGACGCUGCGACCCCAAGCCAGCGCACAGAGCGCGCGCCGCCCCUGCGCGCCAGGCGGGCGAUCGCCAAGAGGCCAGCUGCCUGCAGACGGCCUGCGGCGAGCGCGAGCUGCGCGGCGGCGCCGCCCCGGCUGCGCGCGCGGCUGGCGCGCGCCUUGGAGCCGGGCCGCAGCGGCCCCGCCUCGUCCGAGGUGCUUUCCAGGCGCGAGCAGGCCUCGGCGGCCGCUGGGACGCGCGUCGGCUACAGGGACAUGGAGGUCCGCGCGCUUCAGUUCCUCGACCUGAUGCUGGAGGCGGAGUGCACGAGGGCCGACGCGACCAUCCUGGUCGCCGCGGUGAAGGACGCUUACCCCUGGCGCACAGGCUCGCAGUCGAUGCCUCGCGUCAUCCAGGGGCUGCGCGGCUGCACCAUGCGCAGGCCCCCAGCGCGGGGCCACCGCGACGCCGCGCUGCAGGUGGCGUCGACAUUCUUCGCGUACAUCCGCCCAGGUGCUUUCCGGAAGCUGACGGUGCCGCAGCUGCUGCCAGCUGGAGCUCUGGAGGAGCUCACCAAGACGGGGGCCUCGGACGAGACUGCGAUCCUCGAUCACCCGGCCUGGCUGGGCGAGUGUUUGGCCGCCCACAUACGGGGCAAGGCGCCGACCGACUUGAUCUUCCCAACGCACGGGGGCGAUCGCGGCGGCGCAGUUCGGCAUGGCGGCGAGGCUGCGCGGGCCCCCCCCCGGGUCUGCCUCUACCAGCUGCGGCGCGGCGGGACGUCCGACGACAUCUUGUCGGGCAGGAGGGAUCACAAGACCGUCAAAGCCAGGGGCCACUGGAGGACGGACCCGUCGCUGAACAGGCACGGGAAGCCCGGAGCCGUCGAGCAAUUUCUGAUCACCGCUGUCUCGAGAGAGUUCGGAAAGCAACUGUUCGAG